CAGCUUCAAGUCAAACACGAGUCGAGACAGUUUCGUAGAAGAGACGAGUAUCUGAGCAGUGCGAAAGAGAAACCACUCGAAAUCUCUGUGGAUUACUACUGCCGUCAAAGAUCGCCGUAUUCACUGGAAUUAUAGCCAAUUAUUUGGAGGAAAUUUCGAUUUCUGGAUUAUAAUAUAAUUUAAUGACAAACAUGACUCUGGAAGAAGUUGUUGGAUGCAACAGCACUGACAGAAAAAUGGAGACUGUAAGUGAAGCUCUUGAAGAGCUGCUAGUAGCUGCACAACGACAAAACUGUCUGACAGUAGGAGUCUACGAGUCUGCACAGCUCAUGAAUGUGGAUCCAGACAGCGUGGUCCUCUGCGUUUUAGCGACCGAUGAGGAGGACGAGAACGAUGUUGCGCUUCAGAUCCACUUCACGCUCAUCCAAGCCUUCUGCUGCGACAUCGACAUCAACAUCGUGCGCGUCUCCGGCAUGAGACGUUUGGCACAGGUCCUCGGGGAGCCUCUGUCCACUGACAACAACGCUAACGAACCAAGAGACCUCCACUGCAUACUUGUAACUAACCCACAAGCCGAGCAUCUCAAGCUGAACGAAGUGGGGAGUUACUGCAAGGAAAGCCGCUGCAGGAACCAGUGGGUGCCCUCCAUUGCCCUGCAAGAGCGCUGAGGUGUUGUGCACUGAAAUGUGCUGAAGAGAACCGGAAUAUUGAUGUGGUCCUUCAACCGUCAUGAGGACAUACUCAUCAAUUCAAGGGGACUGUCUAAUAGUCCAUUACGGAGCUUCCACCUCCAUGUUUAUGGAAUUCCAAGUGUCAGAGGAUAUAGAGACUUUCGUCCACGUUCCUCUCAUAUUGCAUGAUCGGUGGUAUCGCCCUUUGGAGGGACCAAAGGAGCACCAGGGUGGUCGGUGGACUGUGAUGCAGCAAGGAUGCUAGGGGAGCCGGACCGUGGCGCAAUGGCCGCACUUUGCACUCCACGUGGGGGGAGAAUGAAUAACACAUGACCCAGACCUGACAAUAUUGUGAUGGGUCUACAGAGGAAAAGAAGCUCUGCCUUAAAAUGAGACUGCUAUUUAAGGACUGAACUUGUCUUAAUUUUUAUUUAUGCAUAACACUGAUGUCAUUCACAACAAAUAAUAUAUUUGGUUAUUUAUAAAUUUACAAAUGUUUACUUUUUUUCUUAUGAAAUAAAUUUUAUGCUUAAU